AGUCUUCGUAUCUCCGAGUGUGUGCAGAUAGUGGAGAGGGUGGAGCUUUCCGUCCUCAAAUCUGAAAAGAUUGAGAGAUUUGGAAAAGCCCAGAUGUGCCAAAGGUCAGAGUGAUCGAUACACAGGCCCCACUAUGAAAAGCGGGGAAAGGUUCGAAUAGAAAACCGCUGCAGAAGAGAAGCCACUGAGAGGGGCGAAUGUGGAUUUGACGGAAGCUUUCUCCCCCGCCCCCACUUCCAUCCCUGCAAUCCAAUACCAUCCUCGCCAGGAACCUUAACCUCGUCAUUUUAAAAAAUGAGAUAUCCGUGACCCGGGGUGAACUUGUCGAGCGCAGGUACAGCCGAGGAAAUUCUAGACCCCGUGCGCGCCCGAGCCUCGUCCGGCGCAGUGCCUUGGUGAGCACCGCUCAGCGCGUGGCCGCGGCCCACCUGCGCGGGGACACCCGCCUUGACCCCGGGCGGCGCGCCCGGUCGCGCCGGGCCAAGCGUCGCGGCCUUCCCCUGCUGACUCGUCCAGCUCCCGCGCUUGGGGCUGUGGCCUUCCCGCCCACUCCCCCUCGCUCACCCCAUUUUUCCAGAUUUCUCUCCAGUCCUCCCCUCAUCGCCGCCCCGCCCACCUCCACUCCCGCCCACAGUCGGUUCCUGGCUUCCCUUCCCCCGAAAUCCCUCUCCGCUGUGACCUCUCCUCUCCAACCCCGCAGGCCUGAAGGAAGGUCACGCACGCACAUUCACACCCACACGCCACACGCCUCGCCCCACAGAAACCCAUGCACACGGUCCUUUGUUCCAUUUCUCGGGCCACCUUCCCUGUCCCUUCCUCCCAGCCAGCCCCGAUCUGCUCCCCAGAAGUACGUUCCUGUUUCCCCAGGGCCCGGCCCUCCCCCUUCUGAUUUAUGAGGGCUCCUGGCUUGGCGCAGACUCCCUUUUCUUCUCCUCCGCGCCGUCCUCCCUUCGUGUCCUCCCUUGCGCCGUGGGAGUGCGAGCUCCCGCUGCUCGCUCGGCUCCUGUCUAAGGGCCCUGCCCCGCCGCCUCUGCUUUCGCUCUCCCGGGCUGUUUCUCCGGCUGCCUGCUCCUCGGCCCGCCGGCCUCCGCGGCCCUCCCCUGCCUCGCUUCCCGGCGCCCCUGCGCGCUCCCCCCGCGCCCGCCCGAGCGCCGCGCUCGCUCCUUGAUCGCCCGCCGCGCAGCCCGGCCCGGCCGCCCGCCCGCGCCACUGUGCAGUGGAGUUUGGUGGAAUCUCUGCUGACGUCACGUCACUCCCCACACGGAGCAGGAGCCGAGGGAAGAGAGAGGGAUGAGAGGGAGGGAGGGGAGAGAGAGUGCGAGAGCGAGCGAGCAAGCUGGAGAGGAGCAGAAAGAAACUGCCAGUGCCCGCUAGAUUUUGGAGGCCCCCCGCGCGCGCUUGGACUCCCUCGGAACCUGGCACCCUCAGGAGCCCUGCGGUCCUCUCAGGCCCGGUUUUCGGGCGUUUGCGGUGCAGCCCGAGCUUCGGCCCGCUGGAAAUCGCCCCGGGAAGCAGUGGGACGCGGAGACAGCAGCUCUCUCCCGGUAGCCGAAUCACUAAAUCUGGAGCCGCCAAACUGCUACUUCUGGGCCCAGGGGCCCACAAGGAUCGGAUCGGCAGAGUCCCCGCCCGGGUCCUCGCUAGAGGGUGGGGAAAAAGCUCCUGGCGGCCCCAACCCUCGGAUCCCCAUGCCACAGCGCCAAGGCAGCUCCUCCUCUAGGCAGCGACCUUGGCCAGAGGGCCCCAGGGCCCGGCUCUCUGCAGGAGAGGCCGAGAGGCUGGGAAAUGCGGUAUCGGGGAAUGGAGACCAACUGCCGCAAACUAGUGUCCGCAUGUGUGCAACUAGGCGUGCAGCCGGCGGCCGUUGAAUGCCUCUUCUCCAAAGACUCCGAAAUCAAAAAGGUCGAGUUCACAGACUCUCCCGAGAGCCGGAAAGAGGCAGCCAGCAGCAAGCUCUUCCCGCGGCAGCAUCCUGGCGCCAAUGAAAAAGACAAGAGCCAGCAGGGGAAGAAUGAGGACGUGGGCGCCGAGGACCCGUCCAAGAAGAAGCGGCAACGGCGGCAGCGGACGCAUUUUACCAGCCAGCAGCUGCAGGAGCUGGAGGCCACUUUCCAGAGGAACCGCUACCCGGACAUGUCCACGCGCGAAGAAAUCGCCGUGUGGACCAACCUUACGGAAGCUCGAGUCCGGGUUUGGUUCAAGAAUCGCCGGGCCAAAUGGAGAAAGCGGGAGCGCAACCAGCAGGCCGAGCUGUGCAAGAAUGGCUUCGGGCCGCAGUUCAACGGGCUCAUGCAGCCCUACGACGACAUGUACCCAGGCUAUUCCUACAACAACUGGGCCGCCAAGGGCCUCACGUCGGCCUCCCUGUCCACCAAGAGCUUCCCCUUCUUCAACUCUAUGAACGUCAACCCCCUGUCAUCGCAGAGCAUGUUCUCCCCGCCCAACUCCAUCUCGUCCAUGAGCAUGUCGUCCAGCAUGGUGCCCUCCGCGGUGACGGGCGUCCCGGGCUCCAGCCUCAACAGCCUGAAUAACUUGAACAACCUGAGCAGCCCGUCGCUGAAUUCCGCGGUGCCAACGCCCGCCUGUCCUUACGCGCCGCCGACUCCUCCGUAUGUUUAUAGGGACACGUGUAACUCGAGCCUGGCCAGCCUGAGACUGAAAGCAAAGCAGCACUCCAGCUUCGGCUACGCCAGCGUGCAGAACCCGGCGUCCAACCUGAGUGCUUGCCAGUACGCCGUGGACCGGCCCGUGUGAGCCGCGCCCAGCCGGGAUCCUAGGACCGUGCCGGAGGGGGCGACUCCGCCCUUGAAAGACUGGGAAUUAUGCUAGAAGGUCGUGGGCACUAAAGAAAGGGAGAGAAAGAGAAGCUAUAGAGAGAAAAGGAAACCACUGAAUCAACGAGAGAUCUCCUUUGAUUGCAAAGAGAUGUCCUCGGUGUCUGACAUCUUUCACUCAAGUAUUUCCAACCGUUCAAGGACAUACACAAGCAAACGUUUGACUGGAUAUGACAUUUUAACAUUACUAUAAGCUUGUUAUUUUUUAAGUUUAGCAUUGUUAACAUUAAAAUGACAAAGGAUGUAUAUAUAUCGAAAUGUCAAAUUAAUUUUAUAAAAGCAGUUGUUAGUAAUAUCACAACAGUGUUUUUAAAGGUUAGGCUUUAAAAUAAAGCAUGUUAUACAGAAGCGAUUAGGAUUUUUCGCUUUCAAGCAAGGGAAUGUAUAUACUAAAUGCCACACUGUAUGUUUCUAACAUAUUAUUAUUAUAAAAAAAUGUGUGAAUAUCCAGUUUUAGAAUAGUUUCUCUGGUGGAUGCAAUGAUGUUUCUGAAACUGCUAUGUACAACCUACCCUGUGUAUAACAUUUCGUACAAUAUUAUUGUUUUACUUUUCAGCAAAUAUGAAAAAAACGUGUUUUAUUUCAUGGGAGUAAAAUAUACUGCAUACAAA